AUGAAUAACUUGAAUUACUCAAACACAAGCAACGCAAAAGGCACUAACAACUCAGGGGAAGACUGCUCUCUUGAAGCUGCUCAUGGAAUCAGCCUCCUCACAACUAACUUGCUGGUGUGUAUUAUAGGCUCACUUGGCAACUUACUGGUGUGUGUGGCUGUUGGAACAAAUCCUCGUCUUCGGCGAAGCUCGAAUUUCCUUUUGUUCAGUUUAGCGAUCGCUGAUUUGAUUGUCACCAUGGUAUGCGAGCCAAUUUUUGUCGCCGUUCUUGUCAAGAAAACAUUUUUCAACGACUGCGCACUGAGCAUUGAAGUCCCCUACCUUGCGUUGUCAAGACUCUCUUGCACUGCCUCCGUUGCACACAUGGCUGCUAUUAGUGUUGAUCGCUUUAUCGCCGUUGUAUUCCCUCUACACCACAGAUAUGUCAUGGGGAACCACGCAGUAACGAGUAUGUUGGUAAUGUCUUGGACGCUGCCAGUUUCAGUUCUCCUCAUAGAUCGAUUCGUUCCAGAGUCUUUCCCCAAGGGAUUCCUAGCUCUGGGCAUGUUCACUUUAUUUUAUCUCACCAUCUUUAUGUCCUACUCCCUCAUUGUGAUCGCACUGCUUAAAAACAGGAAGAAGAGAAACAAAUUACGAGCUCGAUCUCAAUCUGGCGAAGACAAUUUCCGUGUUGAGGUUCGAGUAGCGUUCACACUGGCAAUUGUCAUUUCGGUAUUCACUGCCUGCUGGAUCCCGUUUUUCUUCUUCUUUACGGCAACUGGUAAACUUUCUUUGAAGCGUUAUGGCUCUGCACACAUGUGGAUCAGGACAUUGGCGCUGUCCAAUUCUGCGAUGAACUUCCUCAUUUAUGGAUUAAGACUUGAAAGCUUUCGCGAAAGCUUCGUUGCAAUUCUCCGAAAGGUUUUUAAAAAGUUCACUGCAUUGUGCACACGGAAAAAAAUUUCCCACACCGUUGGAUACCGUGUACAGUAAGCCACAUUACCUAAAAAAAAAGUCAUGUCAGAGCCUCUUUUUCACCAACAGUGGCUCACCAAACACUUAUCAAGCACGCUUUGACAUGGACUACGAGUGUAUAUCUAGUUAAUGUACAGAAGAUGGCAAGGAAUACUGCCAUAUACCGUAAAAUUUCGAAAAUAAGCCCCGGGGCUUAUAUUUUUCAACGGCCCUUUUUGGGGGGCUUAUUUUUGGAAGGGCUUAUAUUCGGAGGGGUUUAUGUACGGAGGGAAUUUUGCGUUUCAAAAUCGAUUGGGCUAACCUUAUAGUUGGAAGGAGAUUUACCGUUUUUGCUUUGUUUGACUUGGUAUUUGAGGGCAAUUUCCAAGUACAAGCCCCCGGGGGCUUACAUUUGGAGGGGCGAUUUAACGGAGGGUUUUUUGCGUUACGAAUUUGAGGGGCUUAUACAUGGAGGGGCUUAUUUUCGGAAUUUUACGGUAGGUCUUCUAAGUGUCUCAAAGAGAAUCCCUUAUAGACUGGUAGUUUGCAGAUGACAUUGAGUUAAAGUAGGAGCCUAUAACUGGGCUAUGGGGUCCUGGCUAAAGUCGCUCAGUUAUUAACCAAAACUCUCUUUACGCUACAUGAUGAAACAGGUACCAUUUCCUAUGUUAGUUAACUAUGCACAAGGGAUUCCUUUCUGAUCUAGAGGGGAAUAUAGGACGGUUGCAUACAACAUUUUAGCUGAGCAGCCCCGGCUAGGCUGACAAAUAAAGAUGGCCGCUUUUAAAUUGCGGAUUUAUACAUCAUUUUACCUGACGUCUCUAUCUUUCACAUAAAGUUAGGUAUUUAGACAGGUAUAGCUUGAACAUAGGAGGCAGAAUGACCAAAUGGUCAGCUCGUUGGACUGGCAAUCCAGUGGGCCCGGGCCUGGAGUCUCGCUCUUGCCACUUGCUGGAUUUGUUCUCGGUCGUCCCCAGUUUAAAUCCUUGGUCAUACCAAGUUCCAAAUAGGAAACUAGUUGCCUCCUGCCAAUUGAGUUUUUUGAUCCCGUUAUGCGUUAUCACGAAGAUCAACGAUCGUCGUCUUCGUUUAUCCUGGGAGAGCUCGGCAAUCUCCAAAAAUAGGAACAUUUGACAAUUUCCAUUCUCAGGAAUUCCCUAGCCUGCGUGCAGACGAUAAUUAAACUCUGAUUAGUUAACCAGAGUUUAAUUUCGUCUGCGCGCAGGCUAGGAAUUUCCGUGAUUUUUCAGAAAUUCAUUAAAAACAAAAACCAGCACAUUGAAUCUUGCAAGGCUUGAACUGAACUUCUGCUAUUUCUAAGCUUAAUUAUAUACAGAUAGUAACACUACAACAGAGGACGAAAAAAAAUACAACGUGACUCGCAUGUGACUCGCAGCGUUGCACAUUCGCCUGGUGCGAGACCAAUCUCAGACCAGUGAAGUAAAUUAUCACAUUAUGCCAUUACUAUUCGUAUUUUGUUCCCAUUAUAGGGCGAACGAUUAAACAUUUCAGCAGCAGAUUAUACUCAAAGAAAGAAAAUCAUCGUUGUACGUACAUUUUGUAGUCGCAAAGCACACAUUUGAUAGUGGAUGCCUGACCUCGAUUUGCAUGGAUCCGUUCCUCUAAAACCUCAGUCGCUGGCGAUGCAUAUACCUGAUAAACAUUUUGUUUCGAGAUGAAAACAAAGUAUAGGUGUCCGCAGAGUUAACAUAUAGGGGUUUAAGGCGUCAUAAAGAGUAAAACUUAACUCAUUCAAGACCAUCUCCUGCAGUACACUCUGUUUACGGCCGCCAAAAAUCAGUUUUAAAAAACAAGAAUGAGACGCUUUUCCAUGGUUUCGCCACGUGAUCCCGCGGCGCUAAAUACCUUUCGAUCGCGAUGGUCGUGUGUGUUUAAAGACUAUGUUAAAAUAGCGAAUUAUAUAAUACUUUGCGACACUUUUGUUGGAAAACUUAUGAAAGGAAGAUGACGGUAUACGGCAGAAUUUCAGUUUUAGCCCUGGUUUUCAUGCAACAAAAAAAAAGAGGUGAGUUAGCUUGCAGUUGCAACUUCUAUUUAUUAUUCAGCUCAAGGCUUAUUUUAGAUAGCUCCCUGUUCAUAGUAUCCGAUUAGCGGACUUCUACAAGGUUAACUACGGAUUUGUGUUAAAAGUUGAUAAUAAAGGGUGUAAAUUAUAUAAUUUCAGAAUUUGUUUUUCGUUCAAAAUGUAAUUAAUGCUAACAGCUGCAACUCCACUUAUGCGCUUUCAACCGAUACAGGUCGAUGAUGACUGAUCGAUCUUUCAUUAUUCACACUUCCACGUUGUGAACUGAUCGAUAGGGUAUAUGCCUGCAUUUUGGAGAAAUAACUGUUUGUUUGAAAUUUAAUUCAGAGAAAUAUCAGGUCCACACUGAUUAUAUGAUUGUAGCAACUUAUUUUUCACAAUGAUUUAAUUUAAAAUAUACGUAAAGGUCGAUAUAGAUUGACUUAACAAGGUACUGAGUCGGACACGACAAGGGUUUAAACAUUAACUUGGGUUUAAUUAAUAUAUCAACGAAAGACAAACUGCAAAGUGAAGGGCGUAACGAUUUCAGAAAUUGGAUGUUUGAUUCAUGCGCGAACGUCUUCAGAUUGUCUUUUUUAAAAAUUGCUUUAUUCAAUUUGUAUUCACGCAAGAGCCAAUAUGGCUCUUGAUUCACAUUACUCUCGAGAACUCUUAGGAAUCCACGAGAAAGUGUGAAAUUCUGGUAGAUGCGCUCUUAGAUGAUUUAUUUUACAGUUUCAUAGAGGGUCUUCAUAAUGUCACAGGAUUUGGCAACAGUUUUCAAGAAAUCCUGACCAAGUUUUCCCUUUACUUGUCUUUAGCUGUUCUUUACUCCUACAAAAAAAGUAGUUUCACGUUAUUUUCAUCCAAGGGGUAGUGUAAAUUUUGGAAUUUAUUAUUUUUCCCUCGUUGUCUGCAACACACUUGAAUGAGGACUCAAACAGAAGGCAGUGCAAUAACUGCUGCAGGGGCGGAUCCAGGGUUUUUUUUAGGAGGAGGUGCACUCGUCUCUUGCUCUACUUCAACACCGGUAAACCACGUAUUUUUUUUUUUGCAGAAUACCAGUUGUAUUAGAAAAGCGCAGGUCAUUUCAGGGGGGGCUUUCAUUUGCCUAAGAUUUGCUGUUAGAAACUAAGGUGAAGUUUAAAUUAAAUCACACGAAGAUAAGAACUUAAGCAUAUCAACAUUUGUAAAAUAAAGAGCAAAAUUUGUUUAGCUUCUAGUACAUGAAGAGAUCCAUGAACUACGAGAUUUGACCAUGCCACUCAAUCAUCCAACGCAACUCUGCCAGGAUAAGUUCACAAUUAAGAAUGAAGAAUUAAGAAUCUCAAUCAUCAUUUCCUGUCGUAUUAAAGGUGUUAAGUAGAAAAACCGUAAACAACUCUGACAACUCUUCUGCUCGACCACAGCCACCCCCCUUUUUUUAAUAUCACGGAGAAUUAGUUUUGGGCCUUUCACUUGAGAAUAUAAACCCUUUUACAUACGUAUUAGAGGGUUGGCCAUUCUUUUAGUCUUGUAGGUCUUCUAAACAGAAACAUAGCUUGAGAGACUGCAUCUAGAGAGAUGAAGUGAGGGCAUCGGAACAACGACUGUUUACGAUCAAUGUUCACUGAUCUCGUUCUUAGCGUAGCAAACCGCAUGUAAUGACAAAUGCAAGACCAGAAGAAAGGAAAACGUAAGCUCUACAUUACCGCGGAAAAAAAAAAUUGGUUAUAGCAAAGAAAGCAAUGACCAACGGCACCAAAAGCGAAUUCACUUCACACUCUUGAAUCGCUGCGAAGACCAAAUUCUUGUUGUUGUUCCCAGCCUGUUCCGCGCAUGCUCGCUACAGUUCUCGAAUGGUUGACAGAUUUCUUAACUCGGGCGAUCAUGGAAAGCCGAAAGCGGCAAGAUCAAAGGCUGUUGCCAGCCCUCCCUGUUUUCAUCCAUACGAUUGUUUUAAACUGUUUUCAUCUGCUCAUUUUCUACUUUGACUCUUAUCUCUCUUCAGUAGUUGCUGACUAUCCGACAAUCGAAUUAAAAUUCAUUGUCUUCUUGCCCUUUAAAUUUCAGGAGUCAAUGCAGGUCUUCUUCACUUCUUUGCAUAGAUAGCUCUAAUAGACAUCGUUGUAUGCGUGUAGCAUAUUUCAAAACUGAUAACGGUACUAUGACGUCAUGCCACGUCAUGAGCUGCGGCACGUCAUUAAGCCACUGCAGGUGUACGAGGCUGAUGACGUACGGCAAAGCUGCUACAUCUCACUAAGACAGCGAUAUUAACUCUCGCGUUAUAGCCUCCCAAGAUCAGAAACAAAACAAAACAACAACAACAACAACAACAAAAAAACAGCAACGACAACAACGGUUGAUGUCCUUUUUUUAAGGAUGGGAUAGGGAACGUUUUAAGGUACAGAUCGCAAAAGCUGAUGGUGUGGCAAUGUCGCAGCUGUACUUAGGGCAAAGCGAAGAACGAAGGCCAGCUCAUUAAAAUCGUUGCUAUAUACACGAACUCUAUAUGAUAUCGCCAAUUUAGAGGAGAACUUGAAGGGCUCUAUUCAGCCAAAACAAUACCUCCGACUCCUUUUUUUUUUUUUAAAUGUGGAUAUCGUCAAUUCGACUGGGAAGUAAUUUAUCCAGCGGAGGGAACUGCUUGAACCACCUAAGUUUUGAGUACGAACUGCUGCAGUCAAGAGUCAAAGCACAGAAAGAACGGGUCUUUGAAACAAUUGCGUGACCAAAUGCCUCUUUGUUUCAUGAUUCCAUGGAAUCGAGCUGGUAAACAUAUUCAAACAUUCUAUAAAUAGACGAUAUAUGCGACUUACAAAUUAAAAUAGAAAAUCAUGCAUUCAUCUCCCUCUCACUUUAUAUUAUAUUAGCUCUUCAUAUUCAAAUUUCUACGUGUAUUUCUAGCGAAAAGACGCAGUGGAGACUAUUUUUAGCUUUUUGGGCCGGGGUAGUGCUUUCAUCCUGUAGGCAGCAUUACGUAACUAAGGACUGAUCCUCUCAGUUGUGGCGUUUUAACAUUGGCAACCGCUAAAGAAAAAAGUUUAAAAAUUUCAGUUCAGGUUCAAGAAAUACGGCCGGUGAAAGAUUAACGGUUGAUAAACGAAGACUUGCAUCCCUUUCACUGAACAAUUGCACUGCUUUAGGUCAGUCACGACACUCACAGUACUCAAGUUGAAGCAUGCACGUUCCUGGUUUUGCCUCAAAACUUUGUAUUGGUUGACGAAAACAGUUGUUUAGAACUUAAUAUCCUUUUCAUCUCAAGGUCACAAGCUUGUAUAUAAAAACGAAAUUUAAGUUAAAGUUUUUAAUUUGCUCCAUAACUUUUCUGCGCCCGUUAUAUCAACUUCGUUUGAUUCUGUUGAAAUCGAGGUACCUCAACUUCUUCCGUUAACUGAACAAAGGACAGAAAAGCCGUACUGAUUAUCUUGUUGUGUAUCAUAUCGUAUUAUAUAUCAUAUUAGACCCUGAAGCAAGCACAGAGAUGAACGACUAUUUGGUAAACAAAAGUUAUCUCAGUGCCAACCUCUCGGAAAAUGAUUGUUCGCUUCCUUUUGCUCAUGGUGUUAGUCUCAUCGCAGUGAAUGCUACGGUGGGUUUGUUUGGAACUCUUGGCAAUUUGCUGGUUUGUGUAGCUGUUGCUUCAAAUCCUUGUCUUCGACGUAGCUCCAACUUCCUCCUUGUCAGCCUAGCUAUAGCUGAUUUAAUCGUCACCAUGGUAUGCGAACCUCUCUUCCUGGUGAUCCUCGUCGAUAGGACCAUUUAUAACAGCUGCGCGUGGAAAGUAGAGUUUGUCUUCGCUUUACUUUCCAAUCUCUCGGCUUCUGUGUCCGCCUCUCAUAUGGCCGCAAUCAGUAUUGAGCGCCUUCUCGCUGUUAUCUAUCCCCUACGCCACAAAAGUAUUAUGGAGACCUUCGGAUUGAAGGCUCUUUUGAUCAUCAGCUGGACUUCAGUCGCUGCGAUUUUUGGUUUGGUCCGAGGAAUACCAGAUGUGUCAGUCACAGUUAGAUUACGAAUCAAUUUAGUAGCAUUCACACUAUGCUAUGCCAUUGUACUCAUAUCAUACACUGCGAUUGUGAUAUCUCUAGUUAGACAACGAAAACUGAGAAACCAACUCAGAAAUGGAUCCUCUAAUAACCCAACCCCUCGCCGCAUGGAACUGCGCGUGACCUUCACCCUCGCGAUUGUCAUCAUCGCCUUUACAGCUUGCUGGUUUCCACUGUUUGCUAUCUUUGCUGCAGCCGGUAAAUUACUCGUCAAGUUGUAUGGUACUGUGCAUAUGUGGGUGAGGAGUGUCGCUCUUUCAAAUUCCGCCAUGAACUUUCUUAUUUAUGGGUCAAGGAUGAGAAAUUUUAGUGACGCAUACACCACCAUUUUUCGGAAAGCUUUCGGUUUUGUU